ACCAACUUUACACCAUCAUAUCAAACAGAUCCGCUAGUGGGGUGUGCAGUGCAACUUGCAGCAACACCAACUCAAACAAGGCUUUCAAGUGCUGGAAGAGCAGUGAACUGCAUCAGGAGAUCGGUGCUGAAUCCUGCAAACAUGAUUGCCACCACACAGCAGAACAUGACAACAGAGCUGCAGGACCAUGGCAGCUCGGGAGGACCUCCUCGAAAUUGGAAGGGAAUUGGUAUCGCCAUGGUGGUCAUCCUGGGGGUCAUGUCUCUGGUCACCCUCUCAAUUUUUCUCCUCACCCCCGACGAGUCUCACCUCCUGCUGCUGUCUCGUCUCACUCUGGAGAACCUAGAGAGCGAGGAUUUCAGAGUCCACGACCCAUGUGUGACGUGGCUAAAUGAGAACGAGGUGUCAUUUUGCACCCAGGAGGGUCAUGUUUUAAUCCACAAUCUCAGCACAAAUCUAACCACCACGCUAUUGGACAAUAGCACCCUGGACCUGAAGUCCAUGAAGUUCCAGGUUUCAGCUGAUAAGAGGUUCAUCCUGAUGGCUUAUAAUAUCCACCAUGUAUUCUCACAGUCCUUCACAGCAUCCUUUGCAAUCUACACAGUGGCCAGCGGGGAGAUUAUGGACCUCACCCCAUCAGAGGAGGAUACGUCAGUACUUCAGUAUGCAGCGUGGGGACCUCAAGGGAACCAGUUGGUCUAUAUCUUUGAGAAUGACAUCUACUACAAGCCAGAUGUGUCUAGCAAGGCGAUGCGUCUAACAGCCACGGGCAGAAAUGGAAUGGUGGUUAAUGGGCUGUCUGAUUGGACUUAUGAGGAGGAGAUAUUGCUGAAAUAUCCUGCGUUCUGGUGGGCCAAAGACGGUGCACGCCUGGCGUAUCUGUCCAUUAACAACUCAGCCACUCCUUUUAUGGAGAUACAUCACUUCCUGGGUGGGGUCUACCCUUCUAACGUCCUCUACCCAUAUCCAAAGGCAGGUUCCAGAAUCCCAUCAGCCAGUCUGUUUGUGGUGAAUUUAUACGGUCCAGCUCACACAUUAGAGAUGAUUCCUCCAGACUCCCAGAACAGCAGAGAUAGCUACAUCUCUAUGGUGAGCUGGAUAAGCAGCACCCGUCUGACUGUGCGCUGGUUGAACCGUGUCCAGAACCAGUCCGUGCUGUGUGUGUGUGAGGCCACGACAGGAGCCUGCUCAGAGAAGCACCAAAUGGCGAUGGACUUUUGGCACAACAACCAGCGGCAGGAGGAGCCAUUGUUCACGGCAGAUGGUUCCCUGUUUUACCUCAUUCUGCCUGCCAAGCAAGGGGCCCGUGGGGAGUUCCUCCACAUCGCCAGUCUCCCCGCUCAGGCUUCCACUCCUUCUGUAUCUCCUCGCUUUCUAACGUCAGGAAACUGGGAUGUAACCUCGCUGUGCGCUCUUGAUGAGGAGAACGAUAAAAUCUAUUUUCUGAGCACGGAGGAGUCGCAGCAGAGUAGACACUUAUACAGUGUGGAGCUUGGAGGAGUGUUUCAUCGCCAGUGUCUGACAUGCAACCUGUUUGAGCGAUGCAGCUUCUUCAAAGCGGACUUCAGCCACAAUCAGACAUACUUUACCCUCUAUUGCUUGGGCCCAGGUGUCCCAAAGGUGACCAUUCACAGCACAAGUGAUCCAUCCAGUUACAUGCUGGUGGAAGACAACAGCCUCCUCGCUAUGUCUCUUGAAACCAAGAGGCUCUCUGAGACCGUUUUCCAGACGCUUUCCUCCGACAACAGCGAUCUAGAUCUGAAGAUGUCCCUGCCCCCUGGGUACGAGGGAAACCUGCACCCUCUCCUUAUUAUCAUUGACAGUAUUCCUGGCGGGGAGUCGGUAACAGAGGAGUUUACCCUGGGCUGGCCGGAGGUUUUGUCCAGCCUGCAUGGAGUGGCGCUGGCCUGGAUCGACGGCAAAAGCCGGGCCUCACAGGGACAGAAAAGCAGCAUCCUGGACCCUCGUAAACUGGGCUCCCUCCGCAUUAAAGACAAGCUUGGAGUCGUGGAAUGGUUAAUGCAGCUGCCGUACAUUGAUGGGAGAAGAAUUGCUGUUUAUGGAAAGGGAUUCGGUGGCUAUUUAGGUUUGAAGAUGUUGACUGCAACCGAUCAGAUGUUCAAAUGUGCCGCUGUCAUGGCUCCCAUCACAGACUUCAAGCUCUAUAGUGCUGCCUUCUCAGAGAGAUAUCUAGGCCUUCCAACUAAAGACGAGCACUCAUACACGACUGCGUCUUUGUUGGACAACAUCAAUACGCUUAAAGACGAAAACUUCCUCCUCAUACAUGGGACUGCAGAUGCGCGGGUGCAUUUCCAACACAGCGCUGAGUUGUUGAGUCGUCUGGUGAAGGUAGAGGCCAACUACACCCUUCAGCUGUACCCAGAUGAAGGCCACACCUUAAGAGAAGAGCGGAGCAAUCAACACCUGCACCGCUCCCUCCUUCAGUACCUCCACAACUGCCUCAAAUACGACCCCUUCCUCAUCACAGAGGAGGAAGAGGAGGAGGACGAGGAGGAAGAGUGAUCUCUGUGUCCUCUCUCGGUCCUCAAAGGUGCCCAUUACGGUGACUAACUUCAGGUUGCAUUUUUUCACCAAAGGAAAAGGGAUCAAAAUGGAGAUCAAGAGGACCAAAUCCAGCAGCUAUUCACCACAAACUCAACUUUGGGAUGUUUUUUUGUUUUUUUGUUUUUUUUUAGACUGCAACCGUAAAUGUCUCCUGUGUGUCCAGGAAGAUGAAACACAACUGCUCUGGUUCAAACAGUUUUCAAGUAAAUCACACACAGUAUAAUGUCUAAGGACAAUCAACAUAUUUAGUCAGUUUAUGUAUAAAAUGGGUAAAAGAUGCUGCAUAGGCAUGUUGAUCAGCCUUGAUGUUGUAGCGACACCUUGUGUUGAGAGAGAACUAAUGUUUUGUCCAGCAUGGAAAGUGAAGUUGGAAAUA